GAAACAUUGUAACUAAACAAGCUAGUAGCAAAAUGUUUAUACAAUUUGCUUUAUUAAUUUUAGUUAUUGGAAUUGUCUCUAUAAACUCCCAGCAAAUUGGGGAUGGUUCAGUUCUUUAUUUAAAGGAUGGACAAGUUCAAGUUCAAAAAAUUCAAGGAUUAAAUAAUAUGGUAUAUUAUGGAAUUGGAGGAAUACCUUUUGGAAAAGCUCCAGUGGGUGAUUUAAGAUUUCAGCCUCCCCAAAAGUGUGAGCCAUGGACUGGAAUCAAUAAAAAUGACUUUACGUUAAAAUGUGUUCAACCAAAUGGGGAUGGACAUGAGGAUUGUUUAAAAUUAAACGCAUAUUCAACAGAUUUCGGCGUACCAAACCAAGCAGUACUGGUAUGGAUUUAUGGCGGAGCAUUUGCUUCAGGUUCGGGAUCAUUUUCAUCAUUUAAUCCAGCCUUUCUAAUUGGACCAGGAGUAUUGAUAGUCGCUAUAAAUUACCGCGUGGGGGCAUUUGGAUUUUUAAGUACUGAAGAUUCAAUACUACCUGGAAACAUGGGAAUUAAAGACCAAAUUUUGGCAUUGCAAUGGAUUCAGAAUAAUAUUGAACUUUUAGGAGGUGAUCCUAAGAAUGUUACAAUUUUUGGCGAAAGCGCUGGAGCUGCGUCUGUGUCAUUUCUAACAAUUUCUUCUGCAGCAAAAGGUUUAUUUCAACGAGCUAUAAUGCAAUCAGGCACAUCAUUAUGCACUUGGGCGCGUUAUUUUAAUGCCAAACAUAAUGCUUAUGCCCUUGCCACAGAAUUGGGCAUAGUUGCAUAUAAUUCACAAUCUUUACUGGAUGGCUUAAAUACUAGAACAGCAAGUGCAAUCGCUGCAGCCUAUACUACUUAUAGAUAUGCCUAUUGGGUUCUGGGUAAUCCACUGGAAGGAAUUAAUUUUGCUCCUACCAUCGAACCGGAAUCAUAUCAUGCUGCAAUUACUAAAAAAAGUUUUGAAAGUCUAAAAAAUGGUGAUUACAAUAUUGUACCAACCAUUAUAGGUCGCACAUCUCAAGAAGCAGCUUUAGCUCAAGAUCCUAAACUGUCUGCAAUAGUUACCUUACUGCUAACUAAAUAUAACGCUAACCCUACCUCUGUAGUGCCCAUCGGAUUAAAUAUGCCUCUUAGUUUAAAAAAAAAUAAUCUCGGGCUCAACAUUCAAAGUGAAUACUUUGGUUUACUAAUGGCCUUAGGCACUCCAGCGAAUACAGCACAAUUUGUUAGUGAUUUUAUGUUUAAUAGACCCAUAUACGUUUCUGAGUUGGCAAUGUCAUAUAGAGAAAAUGUGUUUUCGUAUAUCUUUAACUACAGAGGGUCAAACAUUAGUUAUGCUUACCCAGGAGUUGGACAUGGCGAUGAAUUAAAAUUUUUAUUUUAUGACCCCACUAUAACAUAUGACGGAACAGAUUUACAAGUGGCAAAAAGUAUGGCACUCUUCUGGACCAAUUUUGCCAAAUUUGGGUCACCUACACCAGUUAGUGAUCCAGAAUUGCAAAACAUUAAUUGGGUCCCCGCCACUGUAAGUAAUAAUAUGAGUUAUUGCUGGAUUGACGCUGAACUUAAAAUGAUGUCUGGACCAAGUUUUCAAAGACAACAGUAUAACCUGGAUCUUUACCAGAAUAACGGAAUACCUCCUUUUGAUAUUAUAUAGAUAUUUAUAAAAAAAAUAAAUAGAGCAAGU